AUGGAUACUGGCCACUUGGACUCACGCCUAGACUUUGGAAUCAACGCGCCGCCCCAGAAAAUAAUCAAGUUCCGACGAGUCUCUACCUGCGCGCCAAUACAUCAUCGGUCUAGCUUGACUACGGUAGUGAACGACACGCAAGAGGUGUUGAUCUUUGUCAAUUCCGGGCCUCAAAGUAACAUGAGGCUUAACUACACAUUUAUUUACACCCCAGUUCCAAACUGGUCUGGAGUAGGGUACUUGUUGAGCGCCAUGUCCGCUAGCGCCGAUCCCAGAGGCGCUCUGCAUGCUGAGGGCAUCCCAUGGCAACCAGAUUCAGUUUUGAAUCAAACUGAUUCUGAUAUCACUCUGAUGAUGCUGAGCCAAAACGACAUAUCGUAUGUUGAGCGUAGUGACAAUCCUUCGAUCACGGCUCAGGCAGAGGUCGAAACCAAUACUACGAUACCAGGAACCAAUAUUAACGUCACUUUGUGGCUUAAAAGCUAUGAGAUAAGCCUUUUGGGCUGCGUAGACCAAUACCAGGUAUGCAAUCCGAACAUGCCGGGUGACUCCGGAUGCACCACACCGAGUGGUCUCUUGAGCGCGGCCAACCAGGCCUACACAACCAAAAUCAAACAGCUAGGUUUCAACUCCGAACAGACUGCUACCACCUCACGAUUCCUCAAUUGGCCGGUUGACAGGAGUAUGUAUUCCAACGUGGAUGGCCGAGGAGGCGCGGCCCUGAAUGGCCUGUCUUUCUACUAUAGCUGCAAUGAUGACUUACCAAAAUAUACAAACUCAUGUUCCCGCAAAUCAAUGGCAAAUAGAAGUAUCGACCUGAUUCGCAACAUCUCUCGCCAAAGAGCAAACCGCGGUCCUCGAAUGGGCCACGACGCCAAAGAAUCUCCCCUCUACAGGAUGGCACCACACCGCACCUACCGUUAG